AUGACCCCGUAUUUCUUCGAUGCAGAACGUAUAGUUAUACGGGGUGUGAAUGAACGGCUAGAAGUACGCCCCGUACUCUUCCACAAGGGAGCGGAGGAUCACUUAAACUCAAUUCAGGAGCAUCAAAAUUUAUUUGAAGUAAAAUACAAAACUGAACUUGAAAAACAACAAGAACUAUUUGAACAAUCACAACAAUUAUUGGAAAAUAAAAUAAAACAAAAUGAUGAAGAAAAUAAAGUUAUCAUAGAAAAUUUCGACAAAAAACUUCAACAAUUAAAGCAAAGUCAAAUGUCGUCGUCGCAAACAGAACAAGAAUUAUUUGAUCGAUUAAUAAAAAUUGAGCAUGAAAAACAGAAUAGUCAUCUUGAACAAAGAUUUAAAAUUCAACAAGAGCUAUUCGAUGAAAAGCAAAAAUUAAUGGAGGCGAUACUAGCUGAAAAUAAAGAAAAGUAUAAAAAUCUAGAAGAAAAACUUCAACAAAUAAAACUGAAUCAAAUUUAUUUAAUACAACAAAUACUACCAAUAAAUCUGUACAAAUUAGGCUUUGGAUUUCUUGUUUUUCGUAUUUCUUAG